AUGGGCCUUGUGUCUUUGUCAGAGCAAAAACGCAAGCUGAGGGUUUUCAUCUCCAACACGUACUACCCCGGCAAACCGGAUGCGGAGGAAGAUGAUUCCAGCGUUCCAUCGUGGGAGCUGAGAGUGGAAGGGAGACUGCUCGAAGAUCCUAGUGCACCCAAGUAUGACACACGGCAGAAGCGCAAGUUUUCCUCUUUCUUCAAGAGCCUGGUCAUCGAGCUUGACAAGGACCUCUACGGACCGGACAACCAUCUUGUUGAGUGGCAUCGUACCAAUGCUACAACAGAGACCGAUGGUUUCCAGGUGAAGCGUCCGGGAAACGAGAAUGUGAAGUGUACCCUUCUACUGCUUCUAGAUCACCAGCCUCCCCAGUACAAGCUGGACCCUCGUCUAGCCCGGCUCCUCGGCGUGCACACCCAGACCCGCCCCGUGAUCAUCAAUGCCUUGUGGCAGUACAUCAAGUCCCACAAGCUCCAGGACCAACACGAGAGGGAGUAUAUUAAUAAUGACGCUUACUUUCAGCAGAUCUUUGACUGUGAGCGGAUGAAGUUCUCUGAGAUCCCCCAUCAUCUUCAUCCCCUUCUCCAUGCCCCUGAUCCAAUCGUCAUCCACCACACCAUCAACGUCGACAGCACCGACCAGAAGAAGACUGCUUGUUACGACAUCGAUGUCGAAGUGGACGACACGUUGAAAGAGCAGAUGAAAUCUUUCCUUCUCUCCACAGCCAGUCAGCAGGAGAUCGCAUUAUUGGACAAUAAGAUUCAUGAGACAGUGGAAACCAUCAAUCAGCUGAAGGUUCAGCGUGAAUUCAUGUUAGGGUUUGCCAGAGAUCCUCAGCAGUUCAUCAGUGAAUGGCUGGUAUCACAAGUUAGAGACCUCAAGUGCAUGACCGAUGUCGUGAACAACCCGGAGGAGGAACGCAGGAUGGACUUCUACCACCAGCCCUGGGCCCAGGAGGCCGUUAGACGUUACUUCCAGAGCAAGGUCCAGCAGCGCCGUGCGGAGCUUGAACAGGCCCUCGGUAUACGUCACACAUAAUCAGAAAACAUUCCUCCGAAAUCCUAACAUCUCGUUGAAUUUCAUUUCUUACAAUGUAAUGAUCAGUAGGCAUCCUUUCGCAA